AUGUCCCUCUAUUUCCCCUAUUCCCUGUUACCUUCUGAGCUGAAGUCACCAAUUCUUCGAUCGAUCUCUUUCAAACAAUAUCACGAAGUCUAUCAAGUAAAUCGAGAACUCAAAAAUUCGAUCACUACCGGAAUCUUUUCGAGGAAAUUGAAUUCACUCGAGAUCGAAUUCGAGGUGAUUCCUGGUCUCGAUUCUUUCACUUACAACAAUGGAGAAGUCAAGGCUCAGUGGACUUUCUACGAAGACAUCACCGACACUUUUUCUCGAGAUUUCCUAGGAGACGAAGAUCUACAGCUUCAAGUUCACCAAGCCAAAUGGAACGGAAGGCUCCUAUCUUUUGAACUUCGGAACUUUUCGAAAAAUGAGGUCGAAGUUGAGUUCAGAAAAAGAGAGCCGAGAAUGAUUUACAUCAACAGUCAGAACUCUGACAAUCGGUAUUCGUGGAGAAUCGCGGCUGGAAAAUGCGAACUAUUUAUGUUUAAUCUCGACUGGGAUCCGCUUCAGGAAACAAUCAAGGACUGGGCCACACAAGUGGAACUUUUUCCGCACGUGGAGUUGUAUUUCCAUUGGAAAGAUGCACAAGACAAAACCAUCUUCAUGAAAUAUCGUUGUCUUCGUUUUGACUUGAAAGAAUGGAAUGAGACAAGAAUACCGACGCGGGAUAGCUCGAAUAGUGGCUCAAGGUGGCGGUCUUGGUGUCAAAGCUGGUGGUGGACUUGGAUCUGCGCGAUAUCUAACACUGGAUGCCAUCAUUUA